AUGGGGAGGACUCCCUGCUGCGAGAGCAAGGGGGUGAAGAAAGGGCCGUGGACGCCGGAGGAGGACAAGCUCCUCGUCGAGUACGUCCAGGCCAACGCCCCCGGCAACUGGCGCAUGCUUCCCAGGCUCGCCGGGCUGAACCGGUGCGGCAAGAGCUGCCGGCUGCGGUGGACGAACUACCUCCGGCCGGACAUCAAGCGCGGGCCCUUCACCCCCGAGGAGCACAAGUCCAUCCUCCAGCUCCACGCCAUCGUCGGCAACAAGUGGUCCAUGAUCGCCGCGCAGCUGCCGGGCCGGACGGACAACGAGAUCAAGAACUACUGGAACACCAACCUCAAGAAGCAGCUCCGCCAGCAGGCGGCGCUCAACCCGGCCGGCGACCACCCCGGCCUGGCCCUGGCCGGCUCUAGCUCCAGCUCCCUCGCCGCGCGCCACACGGCCCAGUGGGAGACUGCCCGCCUCGAGGCCGAGGCGCGCCUCUCCAUGCUCUCCACCUCCGCCGCCACCACCAGCGUCACCGCCUCGUCGUCCUCAUCCACCGCUGAGCACGGGGCGCCUGAUGCGCCGUCCUCCGACGUCUUCCUGCGUCUCUGGAACUCAGAGGUCGGGGACACCUUCCGCCGCAAGUCCGUGCGCGAAGAAGCGGCGCCACCACAGAAGGAAGGAGGGGCGCCAGCAGCGGCGGUGCUGCGACCGCCCAGGGAUGACUACUCCUCGGCGGCGUCCAAUGUGACCACGGCCAUGAUGGCGGAGGACUACCACGCGUUCCUGGACCUGGCGGCCGAGGAGCUCGGCCUCUUCCACGGCGGCUUCUCGCUGUACCCGCAGGCCGACGGGCUGUUCUUCGAUUUCCACUAA